UAUGCCUAGAUGAGUGUCGCAGAGUGGCUACGUCAGCGCCUGUUGUCGCAGGAAUUUUGCGUCUUAGAAAAACACAGCCGCUAAAUAUUGCGGUUGUAAAUAAUGUAUGAAUAAAAACCCCUCCGACGGACAUGUAAAGUCCGACCUGUAGCUUAAGUGCUGAAGUGGAAGCUGAUGAACCACGAUGCCUCAGAAGAUCCUGAAGAGCGCUCAUUACAUAGAACUGGGCAGCUAUCAGUACUGGCCGGUUCUCGUGCCCAGAAAGAUCCGACUUUACACUUAUGAACAGAUCCCCGUGUUCUUGAAGGAGAACCCGUACAUCACAGAUGGGUACAGAGCACAUCUGCCUGCUCGCUUAUGUCUGAAAAGCAUAUUUAUUCUGUCUAAUGAGACGGUGAACAUCUGGAGCCAUCUGUUGGGCUUCGUGUUGUUCUUCUUGUUGGGGGUGAAUGACAUGUCCACAGUGUUACCAGCUGCAGGAGCCUCCAGAGAGGAUUAUGUCAUCUAUUCCAUAGGGCUGUUUUGCUUUCAGGUGUGUAUGCUGUGCUCGGUGGGUUAUCACCUUUUCUGCUGCCAUCGCUCGGAGAAUACGUGCCGCCGCUGGCUGGCCCUGGAUUACGCCGGGAUCUCGGUGGGAAUUCUGGGAUGCUACGUCCCAGGAGUGUUCUACGCCUUCUACUGCAAUGCUUUCUGGAGGCAGGUGUACCUGAUCACGGUCCUGGCUCUUAUCCUGGCUGUGUUCUCGGCUCAGAUCCACCCGCUGUACCACACUCAGGAGUGGAAGAUGUUGCGCUCGGUCAUUUUCUGCUCCGUGGCGGCGUACGGCAUCAUCCCCGCCUGCCACUGGGUUUGGCUCAACGGAGGCUUCCGCUCUGAGAUCGUACAGGUGUUUUUUCCACGAGUCAUGGUCAUGUAUGUGAUCGCUGCCUCAGCCUUUCUGUUCUACAUCAGUAAAGUCCCUGAGCGUUACUUCCCAGGGCAGCUGAACUACCUCGGUGCCAGUCACCAGCUGUGGCACGUUCUGGUGGUGCUGAUGUUCUACUGGUGGCACCAGACGGCCGUCUACAUCAUGCACUACAGGCACAGUGAGCCGUGUCCAAGGUACAGCUAGUGUACACGUCAGACCUGCGGUACUCCAUGCGUUAGCACCUCAAGGAUGCUAAGCGACAUCCUAACUCAUCUCUACCAUGCUAGAACCUGUGCCUGGAGAAGGAUCCGGAAACAUGGAACUUUGGGCCUUUUUUGCUUUAAUGUUUCCUUCUUUUACUUUUUGCACUGGAGCCACAAGACCAUCGUUGCUAACGAUAAAAAAAAAAAAAGAAAAAAGACCUUCAGUUUAGCACUUAAUCAGCUUUCAGCCAGACUCUUAGGGGCGUGGCCUAAAGGUUAAAGGACAAGUUCAUGUCAAGGCUUUUUUUUUUGUGUUAGGUGUUAGCUUCAUUAACCUUGUAGCUCCAGUGCGAAACUACAGAAAUAAUAAGAAUUUAGAAUGAUUGGUUGAUCAGCGAAAUUUUGGAUAAUGUGAAAAAUGUCAUUGUUGUUUUGAAACGAUUCAGAAACCUACUGAAAUGUGAGUACUGAUGGAUCUGUGCACGGAAUCCAACAUUUCUUUGUGCAUUAAUGACUUGAUUGUUCCAGUGAAUAAGAAGCCUUUGUGUGUGUGUGUGUGUGUGUGUGUGUGUGUGUGUUCUCAUCUGCCUGAGAAACCUAUAACCUGGCCUCAAUGUGAAAUCUUCUAUCUCAUGUUUUUGUUUAAAGCGUAUUCAAAGCUUGCGUCACGAUCACGUGCGAACUCGUGUCACGUUAGUGAGAGAGGUGUGAACUCAUGUCCCGAGUGUGUUCCAGCUUCACCUCCGACUGUUACAAAGUGCUGACACCGGAGACUCCUUCCAUAUAAAUCUUCCAUAUAAAUCUGUUCUCCGUGUGGAAAAAAAAAAUCGCCUUAUCAAUGAUUUUUUUUUUUAUCUGUUUAUUAUUACACCGUGUACAAAUCUCUGUUACUAUGGAAACGAUAACGUAUGAUUUGUAGAAAUGAAUCUUCUGAGCUUCAGAAUGUGAUGUUUGUAUUUAUGACUGUUUUUUGGUCUUGUUUUCUUUUACCUCAUUGUCCUGGAUUCGAACUCUAACACACCACAAGGGUACUUUACUGUGAAUAUUUUAAAAAAGGGUAAAGAAAACUUACUGUGUGUGUGUGUGUGUGUGUGUGUGUGUGUGUGUGUGUGAGUCUGUUACAUGAAAAUGUUUGCACACAUAUUUGAGAUACGGUUAUAAAGAGUGACUCCGGAUCGUGGUGUCAGACUGUAAGUGCUGUGUAUCGACCGAGGUUUAAGUGCCUCAGGAUUUGGUGUUAUUCUUUUACAGGGAACAGAAACAGUGUGCACUCCAUCAUACCUUUAUUAAGGGGCAAAUACUUUCAAACAGCCCUUGAUUUUCCUUCUUUCCUUUUGAAUGUGACUAUGGGCAUUUAGCAUGAUGUGUAUGACGUCUCUGAGCAAACAGACCGUAUUAACGUCUCGCUCUCAUUACUGCCUUUUGGUUUUGGUUUCGUUUUUAAUUUCCUGCUGGAUGAUUUUAACAUUUUGAAACGAAACUGUAAAAUAUCUGAAUGCUGAUAAUGAAUUAAAGUACUUUCUGCACUUGGA